AUGGUGUUCAGAGACUUCCCUUUCUUGACCCCGGACGAGUUUUCCGAAGUGUGCCAUCACUUCGACAGCCAAUACUGCCGCGCAACGCUGGGUCCUUUGCGGCAACGCUGGAAGCUGAGGGUGUGCACGGCCCUCGACACAACGUUUGCUUCUGGAGUUGAAUACACGACAUAUUUGCAGAUCAUACGGCCGCUGGAGACGACGCUGGACUGCGGGGAUCUCUCCUCAAUUCUGGACAAGUUUUCUUUCAUGAAUGGCAGUUCGGAAAGAGACGCACUUGGACUGGACGAUGAGGCUAUGAUUGAUGCCGAGGAGUCCGACGAGGCUGCUCUUGCGAAACCCCGCGUGCCAGACUCGGGACACGUAGUCUAUGAAGUGCACCUGCAUCCUACGUAUCGGAUGCCGUGCUUGUGGUUUACGUUGCACGGGCUGCCAGCCGACGAGCCCGCCUUCGACCUCGACACUGUCUUCCGACGACUGGUGCCCGAUCAGUUCAAGGAUGCCCUGCGGAGGACCGGCGGCAUCGGAGGGAUCUCCGGCGAUCACCACCCCCUCACGGGACUACCCUCAUUCUUCAUCCAUCCAUGCCUUCUCGGAGACGCCAUGUCGGGCUUCAACUGCUCCAAGGAGCAGUAUAUGAUGCUAUGGCUCGGCCUGGUCGGCGGAUGCGUGGGGCUCUGGGUGCCUAAAGAGAUGGCCAUGAUGGAUUCGACCGGCUGA